GAGCCCGGGCGCUGACUCCCCGCCUCCCCCCCAGGCCCUUAGGCAGCAGCCAUGGCGCCCAGUCGGAAUGGCAUGAUCCUCAAGCCGCACUUCCACAAGGACUGGCAGCGGCGUGUGGCCACGUGGUUCAACCAGCCGGCGCGGAAGAUCCGCAGGCGCAAGGCCCGGCAGGCCAAGGCUCGGCGCAUCGCCCCGCGGCCCGCGUGCGGCCCAGUCCGGCCCGUCGUGCGCUGCCCCACCGUGAGGUACCACACCCGCGUGCGCGCCGGCAGGGGUUUCAGCCUGGAGGAGCUGCGGGUGGCCGGCAUCCACAAGAAGGUGGCCCGGACCAUCGGGAUCUCAGUGGACCCUAGGAGGCGGAACAAGUCCACCGAGUCCCUGCAGGCCAACGUGCAACGGCUGAAGGAGUACCGCUCCAAGCUCAUUCUCUUCCCCAGGAGGCCCUCGGCCCCCAAGAAGGGGGACAGCUCGGCCGAAGAACUCAAAUUGGCCACCCAGCUGAUGGGACCAGUCAUGCCCAUACGGAAUGUCUAUAAGAAGGAGAAAGCCAGGGUCAUCACGGAGGAGGAGAAGAACUUCAAGGCCUUCGCCAGUCUCCGCAUGGCCCGUGCCAACGCCCGGCUCUUUGGCAUCCGGGCAAAAAGGGCCAAGGAGGCUGCAGAGCAGGAUGUCGAAAAGAAAAAAUAAAGCCUUGUCGGCAACUUGUGAUAAA